GCGGCGCGGGCGGUCCGUGGAGCGAAGAAGUUCGCUUAUUGUUCUUGAAUGCACUUUUCUUGUAUACCAAGCGAAUCGAAUAGGAAAUACAAGAGAAUUGAAUAAAAAUCGUGUUGUUUGUGCUAAAUCAGUGAAGUGUACAAAAGUUUUUGUGAACUUGUUUGGUUACUGUGUUGAAAUUGCAUGUUGCACUUGAUACACCUGUCGCCCGGUACCUACAACCAGUCCUGUAAAAUGUAAUGCUGACUGCCAUUAUUAGGAUCGACCGGCAAAGAUCAACGCGACGAAACAGGACAGAACCGCCAACCAAAAUGUGACCACCGAACGAGUAACCAAAACCACAAAAACCAUACAAAUUCAUGAAUCCUGCAAGAUAACAUGAUUCAAAACAAUAUUUAUUGUAAUUAACUAUAGAUAACGAAUCUAGUCGCCAUAGCACUAUUUAAACGAAGCAAUUUAGACUUUAUUUUACUAGAAGAUACGGUUGAAGAUCGUAUUCAAGUACAAAGAAUAAGGAAUUGAGGAGACAGUACAAACGACUCGUGGGGACCCUAAUGUUGAUUUAGGAGUAAAUUGAUUUGAUUAGAAGUUCCCUGAGAUAACACGAACAAGAUGUCUACAAGUUUUGAACACUCUUCAAUGAAGAGUAGCUUCUCGUUGUCAUCUUUGAGGAGCGCGCCCGCGCCGCCUGGUGGCCGCUGUGAUCAACUCGAGCGGCCGUAUCAUAGUCUUACGAAAAAGAGGAAGGAGCCAUGUCGCGAGGCUUGGCGCCGCAGUUGGGGGUCUGCAGCGAGUGGCGGCAGCGCCGUCGACGACCUGUGGCCGCUGCUGCAGCAUCACUACGACUACAUCAUGGACAACCAGAUCAUUGAUAGUUGCAAGGAAGCGAAUGGCGAGCUCUUAUCCCGUAACCCACUGCACUGCCCGCGUCUCCUGAACCCGACAUCUGGCUUCAACCGCCAGUGGUCGCUGAGUCAGCUAAUCGCGGAGUUCAAUGAACUGUGCCAGUGGCUCAGUCACGUGCAGGAGGAGAUAUAUUCUAGUCCCGAGAACUUGUCCAGCAGGAAACUGAGGAUAAAUCGUAUGACGGAGCUGGUGUCAGUGGAGCCGCGCCGCGCCAAGUUCAUCGAGCAGGGCACCGCUAUACUCGAACGUAUACCGGAGGCCAGUGCUGAAGUGACGUGGCGAAUAGAACAUUUGAAUGUAAAAUGGGAAGGUCUCCGGUUGCUACUUAGUCCUGAGCAGCAGCAUCGUGAGGGAGACAGUUCUGACACAGUUGACACAGCUCACGAGUUAAAAUGUCUUCGACGUUGGCUGCACUGCAUGGAAGGUCGACUGCCUCCACCAUCGCUAGCAGCAGCGAGAGGAGCUUCGUACCACGAGCUGCUGAGGAAACUCAGUGAACAUAAGACUGGCAAACGAGCAGACGGAUUACCUGGUGGUAAGCAAUCAGCGCCGCCCAUGAACACCCGUAACAGAGGAGUUACGUGCUAUCGCGAACGAUUUAUUCCCGUUGUUACGGAUCCAUUGCGGUGUAUCGACGGCGUCUUCGUGACAACCCGAACACGCUCUAAUGACGAUAAUAAAUCAGCCAGCGAUGGAGAGAUGGCCCUAAUUAAGUUCGACGGUUCGUGA